AUGGCAAGUCCCCUUCACCAAGCUUCUCGCUCGUCUGCUCGUCCCGAACCAGCUUCGCCAUCCACUCGCCACGCUCAUUUCUUUCCUCCGCAUAACUCAUCCAUCGCCAAUACUCCCACCUUUUAUACACAUCCUGCCCGUACUUCGAUAUUCAGUGCAUCCGGCGAGCUCAACUUUCUGGGCCCCGAACCGACGAAUACUGUCAUGGAAACUGUUGGGAUGGAGACGAACGCUCGGAGAACUGGUCUACCGUCCUUCUCGCGAGCCUUUAACAUGCUUGUGGAAUCCGGGGCAGUUGAUAACAAUUCCAAGAACGAGAAUGAGACGUUCUUUGUCCCAUCUUAUCUCGAGAACUCGACAUACGUCCAGAAGCUCCGAGAGGCACACCAAGCUAAAGUUCAGUCCCGCCGCGACUCGACUCCAGCAAAUGGCUUAUCCCAGCACUCCGCUACGUUCAAUCAGCAUCCCUUGCCCCCGGGUUCGCAUCGAGGCAUGUCGCAUACUGUUAUAGAGCGCCCCCCGGCCUUUGAGGAGGAUGAUGACCUAGCACCUUUGCCAACAAAAUGGAACAAGGAUGAUCAGUGGGGAGGUAUUGAGAUCCAGGCUGACGGCUGGACUGUGAAGUACAUUGGACCUAAAAAUCAGCACGACCAAGACCACAUGGCUUGUGCAGUCCGCGCCGACCACUACAUGCCCCCCCAGUGCGGAAUUUAUUACUUCGAGGUGCAAAUAGCAACAGCUAAACGCGACGAUGCGACUAUAGGAAUUGGGUUUGCAACCAAGAACGUCAGUCUGUCGCGGCCUAUUGGCUGGGAACCCGAGGCCUGGGGCUAUCACGGCGACGACGGGCGAUGUUUCACAGGAUCAAAUAUAGGAAGACACUACGGCCCUGGAUACAACGCAUAUGAUGUGAUCGGAUGUGGCGUGAAUUUCAGGGAGAACACCGCCUUCUUCACCAAAAAUGGAGUUAAGCUGAGUAUGUGUAUGCACACCAACACCCCGGAGAAGUAA